AUGAACCCUGGGCGUCACGUCAAGCCACCGCUAUCGCUCCUGUCCGCAAAACAUGAGUCCAUUUCUCAAAAUCAGACGGCAAACUUAGAGGUUUUUACGAUCACUUUAAAUGUCGGAGAAGCAGCGAUAAACGCCAGUUCGGCCGAUAAUAGUGAGACUCUUCUCCAAGCAACAUUUUAUCAUCCGUUUCUUCAACGUCGUCAACGGUGCCGCAAAGUGUGGGUGGUUCCUAGUGACGACAUGCGUCGUUCGAAUCUGUAG